UGCAGCUUCAGCAGUGUUGGCAUCCACAAAUCUGUGAAUCCACUUCUCAGGUGACGUUUUCCGGUUCUCGGCUGCAUUGGACCAGAAGAGGGAGAAAGAACGCCCCAGGUUUGGGCUGGGUAUGCUGCCUGGAAGGACAAGGGAUGAGGAGACUGCCAUGUUGACGGGUCGGCGCUGGGCUCCAGGCUGGUAAAAAGGACGAAUGCGUGAUUUGUAAAGUUCCUUGUCGUACAGUGUUACUUUCAAAACACACUGACUCAGACAUCCAGGCGCUCUUCAUGGGCAUUGACGGUCUGUGUAAGAAGUACUCGAAGGAGACCUCGCAGGUGAGCUGUGCCGUGCUGUCUCCCUGCUCGGGAGAACUCCUGUCUGCCAGUCUGUCCUGGAGACUUGGUUUGUGAUGACCCAGGGUAAAUGAUCUCAAGAGAGCCCAUAUACUUCACACGGUCUGGAGGCCAGUCCCUUCUGAGAUGUGUGACCAGUUCCAUCCCACAUGUCUGACCUCCUUCAAGUCACUGGAUGGCCUGUGGUCCACCAGGCUGUCCAGGAAGCUGCCCAGGAGAGAAGGGAGCCCUUCACCCAGCCCCCAGCCCAUCCUGCUUCCCUCUCUUCUGUUAACAGUGCAGCACCCACUGUUGGCUGCCUCCUAGCCCUGACCACCACAGAAGAAAAGGCCGAGUCGGGGAGCAGCCAGAGCCACCUCCUGCUGAGGCCCUUCCCACGGGGCAGUAGGCCAAGAGAGCAUGCACUCACCAUGACCAUUCUCAGCCUGCUGGCUUGUCCAUCUGCACACCAUGGUCAGCCAGCCUGCCAAGACUGUCCCCUCCUCUGCGAGGCUGCUUUCUGGCUCCAACAAGGCCUGAAGCACCCGCAGUGUCCUGUUUGUCCCUCAUCGUCCUGGGAGGCUUUCCAGGGGGAUACACGGAUCCCCAGAAUGCAGCGUCGGCACAAGGCGAGUGCCAUGUGGGGAGGUGGACCACCUCCAUCUCCACAUUUGCAGUGGGACCCAGAAGCUACCCAUGUUUGUGACCUGUGGGAGGUCCUCACACCCACAACAUUCAGAACACAGGCAGCCCUACACCCGGAACGGUCUUGGUAAGGACGUGGCGUUUCCAGACGGCCCCGCAGAGCCUCAUGCUGUCUCAGGAGGAGGCAGGGCAGACUGUCCACCAUCUCAGACCACACGCCCUGCGAGCCACGGAGAGAGGACCAAGGGACAGCUGCGGAGUGACCUCCUCCACACCUCUGGGUCAUACCAUCUCAUCAUCACGUGCCUAUCUCUCAAAGUGCAAAGGUCACAGGGCAUUUGAUAUUGCAGCUCCUUAUUUAUAUCAACGUAUCGACUUGGUUUUUAAUGAAUUAGUAAAUAUCAGAUUUAUCUCAGUAUUAAUUUCUAGUAAGUAAACACUGACAGAUAAACCCACGUAAACAAAGCUUUUUCGACUCCUUGGUAGCGUUGAGGGUUCGAGCCGGCCUGAGACCACGCUGUGAGGGCCCAGGUCCCAGGGCCUGCCUGUGUCCAGCAUGAGGAUCAUGGCAGGUUCCUUCACUGAAACCCUCAUCAGAGGUCUCUGGGCCCCAGUCACCCUUCCUGAUGCGGUUCAUAACAUUAAAACUCUUCCUUUCUGAUGGCCUGAGGUCCCUUUCUCAUCUGCCUAGCUUCUCCCCCAAGACAGGGCUGGUCACCAUCGGGUCUGCAGACCAGGAGCUUGAUCGGAAUGUGGCUACCUGCACUGCUCUGCAAAGGAGACACGAAAUGAGGCAAUGGAUGGAGAGCGUCCUGUGACGGGCACUCCUGGCCGCCCCUCAGCACAGUCACCUGUGGCCUGCCCUGCUCCAAGACCAGGCCCCUCUGCCCGAGGAGGCUGCUCUGUCCCUCCACCGUGAUCAGUCGCUUCACCUUCAUUCUCCUGCUAGCCCGCAGGGUGCAGGCAGAGGAUGUGUGUGCGUGGUCAGCCCUUCUUUGGUCCCCAACAAACCUGGCUGGUCAGUGGUCCAGCAUAGCCUCUGGGCUUCCUCAGCCUUUGGGCUUUGUAAAAAUCUCAUCAAGCUGUACCUCUGUCUUGAUCCAAGAGGCAUGUUCUCUCUCAACCCGUUUUAGUUUUAUUGCUACCGUCUACACCCUGCCAAAGCCAGGGCAGCUUAGCCUCUGGGGCCCAACACCUGGUCAGAGUCAGGCCGACAAGCUCAAGGCCCAAAGGCUGGUCCCCACCCAGUGCAGAUGCGUGACGCAGGGAUGUGGGGUGCAGGCUGCUCCCGAGAUUGCAUGAGGCUCUGCAGGACUCCACUCUCAGUGAGAGUGGUCCCCUCUGCGGCCUCGUGUCCCCCCUGCAGGCCUCUCUCCUGGGGUCAGCUUUGCCUGUGGCCCUGUUCUUGCUGUAGCCUUGCCUUCCCUGUCACGUCUGUGCCAGUUGCAGGGGCCUGCACACCUGUUCUCACCACGGUCCUGGUUUAAAAACGGCUUGCCAGAGUAAAAACAGCCAUUUACCUGUGCAUAGGCCUUACUGAGCCCAGUGCCUCCACGGUGACGAUCCCAAGUGCCAGCUGGAGACAUCCUGUUCCUGGACGUCUAGGACAUCUGACCCUGGUCACUCUUGGACACCCCAGAACAGCUGACACUGGUUGUUCCUGGACACCCCAGAACGGCUGACCCUAUUUGCUCCUGGACACCCCAGAACAGCUGGCACUGGUUGUUCCUGGACACCCCAGAACGGCCAUCUCUGGUUGCUCCCAGAUGCUGAUUUCAGAAUUUCAAGAAAAACACAGGAAGAGACUGUUAACCUUCUAUAGAGAAAAGAUUUCUAAGUUGGAAGACUCCCUCCGGAAGUCAGUGCUGCGGAUCCAAGAGCUGCAGAGUAUGAGAUCAUCACAACAGACGGUUUUCAGCACAAUAAGAAAUUCAGUUUCAACCCCUUCAGCACAGCCACAUGGGUGUCCGUUCCUGCCACCGGACUCGUCCGCCUCUGAAAGAGUGGAGUCCAUGGAAGUUGACCUCACUCCUUCCCCACUGAGGAAACCUGAAAUAGCAGCUGGCCCGACGAGAAUCUCCCUGAUUAGUCCACCGCAGGAUGGACGCAUGGGCAGCGUCUCCCACGGCCCUCAGCACCUCGGCCUGACACCAGGUCACAGCAGCAUGCCACAGGCUCUCAGGAUUCCAUCGCUGCAGAUCCCCUGUAAGGGCCGGUCCCAGGGCCGGUCCCGCACUCCAGACCCCCAGGCACCAGGCAGAGCGGGAAGCGGGGGCUCGCCCAGCCUUGGGGGCCCCCGGGCCCCAGCCCCCCGGCAGCCCAUCAGCAUCUCAGGGCUGCUGCAGAGGCGGCACGCAGGGUCUGCUGCCGUCCGGGGGUUCGCACACGAGAGGUGAGCCUGCUCCUGCCUGUCCGCGGAUUUCAGUUCUUCAGCCUGCCUGCCAGCACGCCUGCGGUAGGCGGUAAAUGGAAUUGUAUGUUUUUGCUUGAU